AUGGAGAUGCUGAGCAUGCUGAAGGUGGGGUACACGGUGCUGCGCAGCGAGACGCCGGCGACGGACCUCGUCAACACCUUCAUGGACUGGGCGGCUCGCCGGUCGCUCCUCCUUCUGGCGCUCUUCAUGCCCCCCUACUACGUCUACAAGCUCACCGCGUCGGCCGCCGCCACCGUCGCGCCGCAGGACGUCGCGGGGAAGGUCGUGCUCGUCACGGGCGCCUCCUCCGGCAUCGGCGAGCAAAUAGCUUACCAGUACGCGAAGAAGGGAGCGAGGCUGGCCCUGGUGGCACGGAGGGAGGGAAGCCUGCGCGAGGUCGCCGCCAAGGCGACCGAUCUCGGCUCGCCGGACGUGCUCGUUGUGCCCGGGGACGUGGCGAGGCCGGAGGACUGUAAGGCGUUCGUCCAGGCCACAGUCGAGCGCUUUGGCCGGUUGGAUCAUCUCGUGAACAAUGCCGGUCUGGUCAACGUGUGCUGGUUCGAGGAGAUGCCCGACGUCGCCACUUUCAAGCAAGUCUUGGACGUGAACUUCUGGGGCACGGUGCAUCCAACCCACGCCGCUCUUCCUCACCUGACGAGGAGCCGCGGCAAGAUCUUCGUCAACUCCUCGGCCGCGGCGGUGCUGGCAAUGCCUAGGAUGAGCUUCUACAAUGCUAGCAAGGCUGCCGUGCUGAGCUUCGCCGACACCCUGCGGAUGGAGCUCGGCGACGAGGUGGGCGUCACGGUGGCGACGCCCGGAUGGAUCGAGUCCGAGAUGACCAAGGGGAAGCACCUCUCCAAAGGAGGGAGAGUCGAGGUCGAUCAAGACACGAGGGAUGCUCAGGUGGGGCUGUUUCCGGUGGUGCGUGCCGAGCGGUGCGCCGAGGCCAUCGUGGACGCCGUUUGCCGCGGCCGGCGCAGCGUCACCGUGCCGCUGUGGUACCGGGCGCUGUUCCUCUGGCGGUCGUUGGCGCCGGAGGUGGGCGACGUCCUGCAACGCGUGUUCUACCGCCGGAGCUCCGGCGACGGGGGCAGGCAGAUGAGGGCGAGGAGGGUCCUGGAGGUCACGGGCGCCAAGCGCGUGCUGCAGCCGCCGUCGCUGCACACCUCGGAUAUCAAACGGGAGUAG